AAACGCAAUGUUGCAAGUAGAGCAGACCGUGGCCCGCUGAAUGGGGUUUCCUUUUUUUCAUUCCCCAUUGGAAUAAGACGAGUGUUUCCCAAGCAUUUAGGUCGUUUAGUCGGCGGAGAGUUCGUUGGAGGGAUCAAAUCGAAGUGUCUUCCAGCUUGUCUGCAUUUUGUCCGUAGAGGCAGCGUUUCCGUAGAAGCAUUUUGCAGUGCAUGCGAGUGUGUGUGUGUGUGUGUGUUUGCUUGUCUGACGUUAUUUUGUGUUCGUGUGUGAACACGAUGCCACUGUCCCUUCUCAGAAGGGGCCCCCGAGUGGCACCAGCGACUGGCAACGAGAACAGAGCCUUGACUAGCACGGCUGUGCCGCAAAGUCCUGGUCCACUUUCCGCUGGCCGACCGACCUCACGGCCCGACCGUCGCCCCGCCGAAACUCGCCAUGCACCACCAGUCAAGCGAGAGCGAACGCGAGGUUCGCUGGUGGUUGAUCUGGAAGAGGAGACGAACACUGGCUUGAACGGCCUACAUCGCCUCUCAGUGUCCUUCCAAGGGAAGGGAAAUGGAACGCCCAUGGCUACCACAAACCUUUCUGAAUUGCACAGCAACCGUGCUGCUACUGAUGACAAUGUACGACUGGUUUCGGCCAAGAUGCUACAGAGUCCGCUGCUGCCUCCGCCACUUGAUCCGGCCGGGCUGUUUUGUCGUCGACCCAAAGUAACGCUGAAAGACCUUCAGGCGAAGUCGCUGGCUGCCGGGCGUCGUGCGCUGCUGGUGCAUUUCGCCCUGCUGUCACGCUACCGCUGUUCCGUGGUGGACCUGACGGUACUGGACGUCCUGCUGUCGCAUGGCGCAGAUGUGAAUGUCCACGACGAGCUUGGUCAAGGUUUGUUACACGAAGUGGCACGACUCUGGGAUGCGAGUGUUGCCAAAUACCUGAUAGAGAAAGGAGCUGAUGUGCAAAAGGAAGAUGACUAUGGCCGACAGCCUGUGCAUGUAGCGGCAGGAGAGGAUGCUGUAGAAAUCCUGGAGCUGUUCCUUGAUCAUGGUGCUGAUAUGAAUGCCACCACUAGCCAGUACCUCCAGUCGCCGUUGCACCACGCAGCAGCCAAUGAUUCCGUCAAGACCAUGGCCGUUCUGGUCAAACGAGGAGCUCUAUAUGAAUGCCGAGACGGCCGUGGCCGCACCCCUCUGCACCUGGCAGUGGAACUAGACCGUUCAGAUGCUGCUCAGUACCUGCUGUCGCUGGAUCAGCCGGCGUUUGCCGGUGUGGAGAGCUCAGACGGACAGAAAGCCUUGACUUCCAUGAUUGUCAAAAUGCCGGAAGUGGCGUCGAAGGCGCUUGAGCAACUGCAUUCCACAUCCGCUAGUCAGCGAGCACAGCUCUUCUGGAUCAACUACAUCGAACAAACACCAGUAUCAAGUGGUGAGCAGGCCGAUGGCAUCACUGAGAACGAUGGGCCACAGGGCAGAGCGCUGACACCGCUGGAAGUCAUCGUGCAAUGCCGACAUUACAGCCUCCUGACAAGCCCUGUUGUGCUUCGCUCUCUCAAGCUGAAGUGGAAUCAGUUUGGCAAGCGUGGAGCGCUCCUUCAAACGUUUGUCUACAUGUUGUCAGUGUUGGUGUGGACAGUGGUCUCUGUGGCAUAUGACUGGGAAACACGAUACCUGUAUCCCCCCUCCCACCGCUGGAGGAUAGCAUUCGAGGUGGCAGCAGUACUGUUCCUGCUCUAUGACUGUGCCAGUGAAGUGGUGGAGUACAUCAAGUCCCUGAAACAGCACGAGCAAUGGGCUGAAUGGCGACUGUCUUCACUAAACCGGGACCUGACGAGCUGUCAUCCGGCCUAUCCAGACGAGGCAGAGUAUAUCAAACAAGAGAUCAAGGAAGUCAGCGAUUCUAGCCCGGCAUACUUUGAAGAUAUGUGGAACGCACUGGAUUGGCUCUGCUACUUCCUGAUGUUUGCCUCCGUCAUCUCGCGCGUCGUAGACAUCACUCAACAUUCCCGCACCAUAGCCCGAGUACAUGCAGCAUUGAUGACAGCAACGAUAAUGUUGCUCUGGGUACGCACACUCAAGUAUCUACGUGCUUUCAGAAAACUAGGCCCAUUUGUUGUUAUGGUGACUCGCAUCAUGCGUGACGUGGUGAAGUUCUCGUUUCUGUACCUCAUCAUCUUUAUACCCUAUGCCUGCGGGUUCUGGAUUUUCUUUGGCAAUAGGACGGUAGAGACGGUUGCCGCCACCAACACGACAGCCGCUACAACUGUGUCUGGUUUUGCCGACGAAUCCGAGCUCCUCUUCCAGCUGUUCAUGGCAUCCAUUGGCAAUGAAUACUUCGUCAGCAAUAUUGUGAAGAUCGAUUCUGUUGUAGCUCGGCUUCUUGUUGGCACUUUCCUGGCCCUGACGUCACUCGUGCUACUCAAUCUGCUGAUCGCACUGAUGUCGGACACUUUUCAGCGUGUCCAUGACAAUGUUGCACAGAAUGCACUUAUGCAACAGGCAGCAACGGUAAUAUCAAUGGAAAGAAAGCUGUCGGAAGGGGACCGCAAUAAAUUGCGAAACCACAUAGCCAGUAAAUGUUCACCAGAACGUCUGUACUAUGACGAUGAUGCUGGGGAGCAAGAAGACUUGAACAAGAUUGCUAGACAAACAUAUGACGAAGUCAUCGAACUAAAAGACAUCGUAACCGAAAGCCUGGAAGACACAACUGAAGAGACGAGUAUCCGCGAAGAGCUCGCGGCAUUGCGACAGCAGAUCCAGGACCUUCAUGCCAAGCUAGACCGUGUGUCCCUGGAGCCGUCGGAUGACGUCCUAGCUGCGGAGGUUAUGACCUCGACGGCCAAGCGACGACGGCAGCAGCAACAGCCGGGAACAGCGGCCGCAGCGUCCCACCAAGCGGGUAGAAUACACUUGCCACCGCUGCGCAAGAAAAUAAUCAAAUAACGCAGGAUGGUCAGCGGAUGGACAGCACAAGAUGGAGAAUGAAUAAUGAAUGACAAGUGUGAACAGAUUUUAUCAUCAGGAAACUAUGAUCUGGUGCUUUUUCAAACACUUUUUGUACAGACAACUGGCACACUAGGUAUUCGGAAGUUAUGUACAGCAGCCAGCAUAUAUUACACAGAGCAAAAACGAUCUUUUUUAUGAUUGCACACGCAAAGGAUCUAGUAAUCAUGCACCUACAUUUCAGCAGUAGAGGAUUGAUCUUGUAUCUAAUCCAUCCACCUACAUUUCAGCAGCAGAGGAGUAAUCUUGCAUCUAUUACAGGCGCUGCGGGCCUACAACAGCAGCAGCGGCAGUGUUCCGGUGCGAUGGCAGUGCCUCGAGCUGCUCUUGGAGCUGCGCAACACAACGCUGCAGGGAGAUAUUUGUAGCUGUUACAUGCACAACACACGCACACACCAACAUCAAAGGGAAACCAAAACUUGUGUUCUUGGAACUGGAUAUGAUUAUUCUUGCAUGACGACAACAGUGUGUGUGGCAUUUGUAAUAUUGCACUUGGCAAGAAAAGAUUGUGGUGAA